GAGUGCUUUCAGUCCGCCAGCAACAUUUGUUCGUCGUCGACCGGCUAGUGAGUUUGGUGUCGGCAUUUUAACUCGUCGCGCGAUUAAUUUGAUUUAUUCUAGAACUUUUUUAAUUCGUUAGUUAAUAAAAGUGAGAAAUAGUUGUAAAAUGGCUUCAAAGGUUCCAAAUGUGACACUGAACAGUGGCAAAUUGAUGCCCAUUCUUGGAUUAGGAACAUGGGGGUCGCCAAAGGGAGAAGUAGCUGCAGCUGUGAAACAUGCAUUCGACGUAGGCUAUCGUCAUAUUGAUUGCGCUCAUGUUUACGAGAACGAGCAUGAAGUUGGAGAAGCAAUUGCUGCUAAAAUUGCUGACGGCACUAUCAAGCGAGAAGAUAUUUUCAUCACCAGCAAAUUAUGGAAUACAUUCCACAGUCCCGAAUUAGUGAAACCAGCCUGCGAAACUACCCUGAAAAAUUUGGGCUUGAAAUAUUUGGAUCUUUAUCUCAUUCACUGGCCCAUGGGCUAUAAAGAAGGUGGACCAUUAUUCCCACGAGAUGCAAACAAUACAGUGGAGUUUUCAGAUACCAGUUUCUUGGAUACAUGGAAAGCUAUGGAGAAAUUAGUCGAUGAAGGAUUAGUCAAGUCUAUUGGCAUUUCCAAUUUCAAUAAGAAGCAAACAGAAAGCAUUCUCGCCAAUUCUCGCAUUAAGCCAGCUGUCAAUCAAAUUGAAUGCCAUCCAUAUUUGAAUCAAAGUAAACUGAUCGAAUAUUCCAAGUCUAAAGGCAUUGCUAUCACUGCUUACAGUCCUUUGGGAUCACCAAACCGUCCAUGGGCAAAGCCUGGAGAUCCUCUUUUGUUGGAAGAACCAAGAAUCGUAGAAAUCGCUAAGGCAUACAAGAAAACCGCCGCUCAGAUUCUUAUUCGCUAUCAAAUUGAUCGUGGUGUUAUUGUUAUCCCGAAAUCAGUUACGCUGAGUCGUAUUGAUUCUAAUUUCGAUGUUUUCGAUUUCAAACUGACUAAAGAAAAUAUCGCUACAAUUGACUCAUUUAAUAACGGUCACCGCUUUGUGCCUAUUUUGGACGCUAAAAAUCAUAAGGACUAUCCCUUCAAUGAUGAAUAUUAAUUUGGAAUUAUCCAUUCAUCAAUAAUUAGAACGGAACGGCCCAGCUAACAUGAGCACAAGCUAAUGGAGGAUCACACUCGAACACUUCACAGCGAAUUGCCUUGACGAUAACUCAUCUUAUGCAUUAUGUAACAUCACUGAUAGUGUUGUCAUUUAAUUUGUAAUAAAGAAAAGUAUUAUUAUAAUGAAAA